AUGACCACACCAACGGAAACGCAAAUCCCCAGCACGGAGGAGUGGACCAGAAAGCUUUGGCUAGAUCCUGUCGUUUCCCUAGCAUGUUUCAAGCUUGCAGAGCUCCGCAAGCGUAAUGCUCAUGCAGACUACCAGACUGUCUCACAGGAUCUAGAUACUCUGGAACCCAUUAUGAGUCCUUGCAAUGAGGCAUCUCUAGCCCAACGGGCCUUCCAAAGACUGAAAGGCUGUAUGGGACCUCUUGGGCAUACAUUAGACGAUUUAGACCAAUUGGGCUCUCCCAUUCCGGCAGACCGGUUUCCGACUAUUGACCGUCUGCUUGACAGCUGUUCAGGGCUCACCUUGUAUGCUCUAGCGUUCACAAGUGGACACUCAGGCGGAGAAACCCCACAGGACAUGUUGCAAAUCUCUCCUGGAGAGUUGGAGCUGAUCCACCACACAGGAAGUCUGGUCAAGACAUUGCUGACCUGCUUACUGUGGGCAGAUGGCUCGCGUCUUUUGGGGACUGAGAACCCUGGAAUCUAUUCAGUACUCCAACGUCAGCAGCUAGAAGGGAUGUAUCAUCGGCAGACAUAUCUAAGCACAAGAAACGAAUGGGAGUGGCUGCUCAUUCUUCAAGAUGUUCUCUUUCGGGCCUCGGGGCAACUGGAGAACAUCAACAGUGACCAAGCGCAGCAUGCAACGACGAUAGUUCUGGAGGCAAGUAUUGAGAGUAUUAGGGAGAUUAUGUGUGUCAAACAUCUGGGUGUUGUUGAAAACUCAUCUCUGAAUCCGUCCAACGAAAGCCCCACUUCCAGAGUGGCAGAGUGGGUCCGAGAAGGAGUUCCGCCGAUUACUGUGACAGGCCCCGAAAGCGAUGUUGGCGCAGAUGUGAACCCCGUCUCAUCCCCUAGAACUUUUGCUCAACAGCCGGGUCCGGCUGUACCUCCCUUCCAUAACUCAAGCCAUGAGGAAAUGCCGACCCAGUCUACACCAUGGUUUGGAAUCACAGAUACUGGAAGCCAAGCAACACGGAAUCAGUCUCUACCUGUAGGGGUUACUGAUCCGAGCGAGACAUCUUCGGAACCACGUGCACCAGUUGCUCUCUCUCCUAACCUGCCUGGAAGUGGAAUUAAGCCUUCAGGGGCUGGAGUUACAGCUACUUCAAGUGAAGAACAAACAUCGGAGCCAUCAUCAUCUGAGAUUCUGCCUGAAAGAGAAGAUUCAAGUCCGCGUUCAGACAGAGUCCCGGCUAAUGUUGAUGCUAGCUCGGGGUUUAGGGGAAUUUGGAGUGAGGAUUCAUUUCAGGCAUUACUACUUGCUGAAGGGACAACCGGCUGA